GAGAAGCAAAAGAUAUUACAUUUUUUUGUUUAAAGAAAAGCACUCCCGACGCUUACGACGCUAGAUGAAUUCAACGGGGAAACGCACUUUGCUCCUUCUUUUUGUGGUUUUGAUAACGCAAGAUUGUUUCUCCUCGAAAGGCGAGGACAGACUCUUCCGUCGGCUCUUCCGCCGGUAUAACCAGUUCAUCCGGCCGGUGGAGAAUGUGUCCGAUCCGGUGACCGUGGAGUUUGAAGUCUCCAUUUCCCAGCUGGUUAAAGUGGAUGAAGUGAACCAGAUCAUGGAGACAAACCUCUGGCUGAGACAUAUCUGGAAUGACUACAAACUGCGGUGGGCUCCUCUAGAAUUUGAUGGAAUCGAGCACAUCCGUGUCCCAUCAAACAAGAUAUGGAAGCCUGACAUUGUGCUUUAUAACAAUGCUGUCGGGGAUUUUUUGGUGGAAGACAAAACCAAAGCCCUGUUGAAGUUUGACGGGACAGUGACAUGGGUUCCUCCGGCCAUCUUCAAAAGCUCUUGCCCCAUGGACAUCACCUACUUCCCUUUCGACUACCAGAACUGCUCCAUGAAGUUUGGCUCCUGGACCUACGACAAAGCCAAGAUCGAUCUGGUGCUGAUUGGGUCGAAGGUCAACCUCAAGGACUUCUGGGAGAGCGGAGAGUGGGAGAUCAUCGACGCCCCAGGAUACAAGCAUGACAUCAAGUACAACUGCUGCGAGGAGAUCUACCCCGACAUUACCUACUCCUUCUACAUCCGCCGCCUCCCUCUCUUCUACACCAUCAACCUGAUCAUCCCCUGUCUGCUCAUCUCCUUCCUGACUGUUCUGGUCUUCUACCUGCCCUCCGACUGCGGUGAGAAGGUCACCCUCUGCAUCUCGGUCCUUCUCUCGCUGACUGUGUUCCUGCUGGUCAUCACUGAGACCAUCCCCUCCACCUCUCUGGUCAUCCCACUCAUCGGCGAGUACCUGCUCUUCACUAUGAUCUUCGUCACGCUCUCCAUCGUCAUCACCGUCUUUGUGCUUAACGUACACUACCGCACGCCCAUGACCCACACCAUGCCAGGCUGGGUGCGCUCUGUGUUCCUCCGCGUGCUUCCCCGGAUCAUGCUGAUGCGCCGGCCGCUGGACCAGCAGGAGUCCGCCAAGGGCGGGGCCGGGAAGAGGAGGAGGAACAGCACCUCCCAGCAGGGGGCCGUCAACUGCCUGGAGUACGGAGACAGCAAGAUGUCCAUGGAGCACAAGAAGUGCCUGUGUCAGCACGGCAAGGAGGCCCCCGACCCCCCGGAGCCAAAGCUGUGCCGACAGCUCAAUACCCAGUCCAUCAACGCCGUGGUGGCCUUCUCUGUCGUGUCCCCCGAGAUCAAGCAGGCCAUCGAGAGCGUCAAGUACAUUGCCGAGAACAUGCGGAGCCGCAACAAGGCCAAAGAGGUGGAGGAUGACUGGAAGUACGUGGCGAUGGUGAUUGACAGGAUCUUCCUCUGGGUUUUUGUACUGGUCUGUGUGCUCGGAACACUUGGUCUUUUCUUUCAGCCUCUCAUUGGCUUCUUAUCAUAGCCCCACCUCCAUCAUUCCUAGCAGCGCAUUUCUGUCUCACACACACACACACUCACGCACACACAAGUGCUGGCAUCUCCAGUUUCAGUGCACCAGUAUGGGCUAUAUUUCCUGUGGCAGUGUUCCUGGGGAUAAAAGGGAACUCAUUUAUGCUGCCAAAUGGUGGUUUCAAGUGGGCCAAUCUGUGGGAAGCUCCCCCGUAACAAGCAUUUGCCUUUCCAGUUAGAUGUCAAUAAUCCAAAAGGGGUUCCUAUUUAUUAUUGAAAAUUAUUUAUAUGUCAAUGAAAUGUUUUCAGAUGAAGGGUGCCAAACAUUAAUGAUGUGUGUCACUGUAAUAUAAAACAUAGCUAGUGCAUGAAGGAUUUCCGGGUUAAUCGCCAAGAUUCUGAAUUCCGUAUCUGUACUGUAGGCAUAUGCAGUUAGAGACAGGAUUACAGCUUCAUCUUUGUAUUUUCAGACUGCCUUCCUGUUAAGCAGUUGUCAAAAUGAAAAGGCUUAUAUUUCUAUUUAAUCAGCACAUACCACACUUGAUUAAAAUUAGUGAUGCAAUUAAAAACUGUUCUGGGUUUGCGCCACGGCUGUUUUCUUCAUUAAUUGGUACAAUAUAAAUAUCAUCUUUCUCCAGAAUGAUCUCUCCCUCUCUCAAUUUCUUUUAUGUAGAUUACUGUAUAUAGCAGUUCUACAGAAUUGGAGUGGGCUGAGGAAUAUGGUUGGCAUGCAGUCAUUCACUGCACACUUGGAUGUUUCAGAUAUCAUAUGAAACUAUAGAUUACCAUAGAUUAUCAUUACAUGAUGCAAACUGUACAUGAUUUGAAAGAUAUAAUAGGAUCACUGUAACAAAUGUCACCUUUUGACUGCUAUUCAAAAAUAUGUGGAUUGUUGCAAAAAAACACUGAUAUGAAUUCUUCAUAUUAAACUGAUAUGAAUUCUUCAUAUUUUUCAAAAUCUUUGUAUUAAAUGUUGAAUAUCCAAUUUUGCUAUUUAUAAUCCUCUAUCAGAUAAUACAAACCAUAGCUAAAUUGUCUUAACUCUGGGAACAAAAUUGAAUGAUCAGUAUUAAAGGCUACUGAGCAUAUAAUGAGUAUAUGAAUGAAAAUGGAGAGUAUUAUGGCCAUGCAAGUUUAAUCACAAUUUAGUUUGGUUUGGGUGCAUUCUUGCAAGAAGUAUCAUUGAAUGAUUUUCUUGAUAUCUAGUAUGUUACAGAGAGAAUUCAUGAAUUUGAACAAAAAAAGAAACAGACAGCCAGAUGUCAGAGCAGCUGGCCAGAGAAAAUGGCCGCAGGGCGGGUCACCGCUUGGUUCACCGGCCGUCUCCUACCUAAAAUAGAAAAGUUGAGAAUUCAUUAUUCCAAAUCCAUGGGGGAGGGGGUCAUGGGUAAGACAUCAAAACA